AUGAACGUUUUGAUGUGGAACGAACGAGGGGCGAAUAAACCUAAUUUUCAAAUAUUCAUACGUUAUAUGCUUAAGAAGUUUAAGACCAAUAUUUUAGCUUUGUUUGAGGCGCAUGUGGGAGGUGACAGAGCCGGGAGAAUCUGUCAGGGAUUGGGAUUUGACAACUCCUUUCGGGUGGAUGCAGUUGGUCAAAGUGGUGGACUGUGGUUGCUUUGGCGUUUCGGGGUUGGUCCGGUUAAGGUCGUGGAAGCUAAUAAUCAGUUUAUAUACUCAACAGUUGGGGAGGGGACUGAUAUCAUGCACCUGGUGGUGGUAUACACAGAUCCAACGGUUAGUAGGCGAAGUGGGUUGUGGGAUAAACUGAGGGAGAUGUUACACGGGAUUUUGGAGCCGGUGGUUGUCGGAGGGGACUUUAACACAAUUCUGCGCUUAGAUGAGAGGACAGGCGGCAACGGGAGGGUUUCGUUGGACUCGCUAGCAUUUGGAGAAUGGGUGAAUGCAUCUUCUCUUACUGAUAUGGGGUUUAAGGGAAGUAAGUUUACCUGGAGAAGAGGGUGUGUGGAAAGUACUUAUGUGGCGAAAAGGUUAGAUCGUGUUUUCUGUAAUGCUCAUGCGAGACUGAAAUGGCAGGAUGCAUUAGUUUUGCAUCUUCCCUUCCUUGCUUCGGACUAUGCUCCAUUGUUUCUUCAGUUGAGCCUUGAGGUGGAGGUGGAUCCAAGGAGAAGACCUUUCCGUUUCAAGACGGCCUUGCUGCAGCAAGAAAGUUUCAAGGAGAUGUUAAUGAAUUCUUGA